AUGACUGGAAGCUUUCGCUACCCUGCCGUUUUUUUGUUGAUUACCUUGUUUUGUCUUCUGUUCUUCCUCCUAAUCUUCACACCUUUAUCGUCUGGAAACUAUCUCAGUAUUUCUCUAGUGUCCUCUUUCACCGAACCUUUCGCUAAUCCAGAAAAGAGCAGUAACUACUCAACUCCAUCGUCGACACAGGUAGCAUCUUUAGAUGAGGCUCUCACCAGCUCCAUGUACCGAAGGAUUAGGCACAGGUACGUGUUACUUUUAUUUUACCAGGAGAAGACUAGUUUGGAAAGAAUUGAAGAAGAUUUAGCUAAAGCACGAGCAUCGAUUCUCGAAGCAAUUCAGUCGAAAAACUACUCAUCGGAGAAAGAAGAGAGUUUUAUCCCAAGAGGAAGCAUUUACAAAAACCCUUAUGCUUUUCACCAGAGUCACCUAGAAAUGAUGAAGAGGUUCAAGAUGUGGAGCUACGAGGAAGGAGAACAACCCUUGGUUCAUUUUGGUCCUAUGAAUAAUAUAUAUGGCAUUGAAGGGCACUUCAUAGAUGAAAUAGAAAGGGAGGGGAGUCCAUUUAGGGCUACACAUCCUGAUGAGGCACACAUGUUUUUCCUCCCAUUUAGUGUAGCUAACAUUGUUCAAUAUGUUUACUUGCCUAUCACUAAAAAACAAGACUACCACCGUGAUCGUCUACAACAGAUUGCCAUGGACUACAUUGGCGUUGUCGCACACAAGUAUCCCUACUGGAAUAGGAGCAAAGGUGCCGACCAUUUCAUGGCUUCAUGUCACGAUUGGGCACCGGAGAUUUCAGUAGGCAAACCGGAGCUUUUCAGGAACUUCAUUAGAGUGUUGUGCAAUGCCAACACCUCUGAAGGGUUCCAGCCUAAGAGAGAUGUUCCACUACCUGAAAUAUUUGUACCUACCGGAAAGCUUGGUCCCCCGAAUCUGGGUCAGGCUCCGAACAAUCGUCAAAUUCUGGCAUUCUUUGCCGGAAGAGUGCAUGGACCGAUCCGACCUAUCUUGCUCGAGCAUUGGAAGGACAAAGAUAACGAAGUUCGAGUCCACGAGAAGCUUCCCAAGGGCAUGAACUACACCAAAUUAAUGGGACAAAGCAAGUUUUGCUUAUGCCCUAGUGGUUUUGAAGUGGCAAGCCCGAGGGUUGUGGAGGCAUUGUAUGCAGGUUGUGUUCCGGUGUUAAUUUCUGACAACUACUCAUUACCCUUCAGUGAUGUACUUGAUUGGAGCCAAUUUUCGAUACAAGUUCCUGUCGCGAAAAUACCAGAAAUCAAGACCAUCUUACAAGCAAUUCCAAAUGAGGAGUACCUAAAGAUGCAGAGGAGGGUUCUAAAAGUGCAGAGGCAUUUUGUACUCAACAAGCCGGCUAAGCCAUUUGAUGUGAUUCAUAUGGUACUUCAUUCAGUGUGGUUGAGACGACUUAAUUUUAAGAUUGAAACUUGA